CACAAGUGAAGGAAGCAGCUUUUGUUAGUUUCACUGUAACGCUCUGUUUUUUACAGACCUGCGCCAGUGGAAUUAUUACCCUUAUCAUUCACUUAUCGACUUAUCACCUCGUUGCAUUAUUAGUCCUCGGUGUUCCAAACUGCAGCGCUCUGUGUGUGUGUUCUGUGUACUUCAACUUGUUGAAUACUCGCACCCUGCCCUCUGCGAGGAGCGCUCAGUGUUCAAGGUUCAGGAAGAUAACGAGAGGUGAGUGGCUGACGCAGAGCUCGUGUUGUGUUACCAAAGACUCGUAUCAUAUUACGUUGACAGAAGGUUGGGUGAAACUGUAGCUGCAGUUCAGAUCGACUGUGGCUCUAGAAACCAGGAACUUGGACUUAACAAAAGGACUUUGAAGACGCUAAAGCCGCUGCUUCCUGUUGUUUUGAAACAGAACAUUACCAUGGAUAAGACGACGCAACGCUGUCUGCUGCUGUUUUUGUGUCUGUCCGUGUUUGUUCAGCGCUCGGCAGCGUUAGUUUUUUGGACCGCCGUGGUGGAAGUAGUCUACAUAAACAACAACAAUGAGACUGUGAACAAAUACUGCGAGUGUGGGAUCUACGGUCGUAAUUCUCCCCUGGAGGGGGUGAUGGGUGUUGUUACACUUCCCAGAGGAGACCCCAGAGGCUGCGGCCCAGAUCCUGUCUACAACCGCAACGGUAGCUCGCCACCGUGGAUAGCCCUGAUUAAAAGAGGCAACUGCACUUUCAGCGAGAAGAUCAACGCUGCCAAGCAUCAAGGAGCGUCCGGCGUGGUGGUGUACAACUAUGACAGCACCGGCAACACCACCUCUCACAUGUCCCACCCAGAGGCUCCUAAUAUAGUGGCCAUCAUGGUGGGCAACGUCCUGGGCAUGGAUGUGGUUAGGCUGGUGCAGAACGGAAUGGAGGUGCAGAUGGUUAUCAAAAUUGGCAGCCCUCACGGACCCUGGAUGGAUUCCUACUGGUUGUACUUUCUGUCCAUCGCCUUCUUCAUCGUGACGGCGGCUUCCAUCGCCUACUUUGUGUUCAUCUCUGCGAACCGCUUGUACAACCUGCGUGCACACAAACGCACGGAGAGGAAGCUGAAAUCCGAGGCCAAGAAGGCGAUCCAGCGCCUGGAAGUGCGCACGCUCAAAAGAGGCGACGAGGAAACCACGUCGGACUCUCUGAUGUGUGCUGUGUGCAUCGACUCGUACAAAGCGGGCGAUGUGGUCACGGUGCUCACCUGCGACCACAUCUUCCACAAAGCCUGCAUCGAGCCCUGGCUUCUGGAGAGGAGGACCUGCCCUAUGUGUAAGUGUGAUAUCUUGAAGGCCUUGGGGGUUGAGGAGGAAGAUAAGGAGAAUAUUGCCGCCGAGUCAUCGCCAGAGGUCACUGUUAUCACGGUGGCGGGAGGGGAAGCUUUGUACGAAGUCCCGCUGACUGACCCUGCGAGCCCCGACCCGGAGAGACAUCAGCAUCGCUAUGACAACAGGGCCUUUGAGGGAGACUCGGAGGGUGUGAGGGGAUGAACAACAGCAACGGAAACAAAACACACAGACAGAGUUCCUCCCGUUUGAAAUAGACAUUUAAUUCAGGGUGCAGUGAAUCAGCGCGAUGAAAUCAAACCCUAAUAGUCUUACAGGCAUGACAAACAAUAUGUUUAAUGAUGUAUAUAAUUCUAGAAGGGCCCUUGUGUAUAUACCUGUGACGCUGUCGUAUUUUUCUUUGUGUCUUUCUUGCUCUAGGACAGGGGUGUCAAACUCAUUUUAGUUCAGGGGCCAAUUCCCCCCCAGUAUGAUCUGAAGUGGGCCGGACCAGUCAAUUAAUAACAUAAUAAUAUAUAAAUAAUGCCGGCUCCAAACAU